CAAUCCUUGGGAGGAUUUGCCCAGGACUUGUUGGAGCUGGAAUCGUUGCGCUACCUGCCAGUCCGUCUGCUGGCUGGGAGUUACGGACAAAUUCUUCGCGCAUCUGUCGAACCUCUUUUGGAACAUUUUCUGAGUUACUCUUGGGGAAGGACACGUCUCGCCCCAGCCCAGCCCUGUCCGCCCUACUUGGUCGCCGCCCUUUAAGGGGGCUAGGGAAUAGACUUCCCUGCUCCCAUUCAGCCGCGUUGGGAAAGCCGGUGGAGACUGAGGAGGAUGUGAUGCCGCCCCGUUAAAUCACUGACUCUUUCUUCAGUCCAGAGAAAUAGCGGCAAGCCAAUAGCGGUGAUGUAAUGCAAAUGCAGCCAAUCAUCAGAGUCUCCCCAUCCCCAGGUGGCAUCAGUGAUGUUUAGGGUAAAAGCCAGUACGAACUCUCAGCCUCGGCACGGACUCAGACUCCCAGCCUCAGCGCGGACUCAGACUCCCAGCCUCAGCACAGACUCAGAAUCCCAGCCUCAGCGUGGACUCGGACUCCCAGCCUUGGCGAGGACUUGGACUCUUGGCCUUGGCGUGGAAAUGGAUUCCCAGCCUCGGAGCGGACUCAAACUCCCAGCCUCAGCACGGACUUGAACUCCCAGCCUCAGUGCGGACGCGGACUCCUAGCCUCGGCGUUGACUCGGACUCCCGGCCUUGGUGCCAACUCGGACUCCGAGCCUUGGCAAUGACUCAGACUCCCAGCCUUGGCAAGGACUUGGACUCCCAGCCUCAGCAUGGACUUGGACUCCCAGCCUCAGCAAGGACUCCGAAUCGCAGCCUCAGCAUGGACUCAAACUUGCUGCCUUGGCAUGGACUCGGGCUCCCAGACUCGGCAUGGACUCAGACUCCCAGCCUCAGCGCGGACUCGGACUCCCAGCCUCGGCAUGGACUCAGACUCCCAGCCUCAGGCCGGGCUCGGCCUCCCAGCCUCGGCGAGGACUUGGACUCCUGGCCUUGGUGAGGACUUGGACUCCUGGCCUCAGCAUGGACUCGAACUCCCGGCCUCAGCAUGGACUUGAACUCCCAGCCUCAGCACAGAGUCGAACUCCCAGCCUCGGAGCGGACUCGGACUCCCAGCAUCAGCGCAGACUCGAGCUCCCAGCCUCAGCACAGACUCGAACUCCCAGCCUCAGCAUAGACUUGGAAUCCUGGCCUCAAAAUGGACUCAGACACCCAGCCUCAGCACAGACUCGGACUCCCAGCCUCAGCAAGGACUCGGAAUCUCAGCCUCAACACGGUCUCAAACUCCCUGCCUCAGCAUGGACUUGGGCUCCCGGACUCGGGCUCCCAGACUCGGCACGGACACAGACUCCCAGCCUCAGCGCGGACUCGGACUCCCAGUCUCAGCACGGACUCGGACUUCCAGCUUCAGUGCGGACUCGGUCUCCCAGCCUCAGCACAGACUCCGAAUCCCAGCCUCAGCACAGACUCCGAAUCCCAGCCUCAGCUCGGACUCGGACUCCCAGCCUCAGCACUGAUCGGAACCCCGGCCUCAGCGCGGACUCGGAAUCGCGUCCUGAGCUUGGACUCGAACUCCCAUCCUCAGCACAGACUCAGACUCCUGGCCUCAGCACAGACUCGAACACCCGGCCUCAGCACAGACUCGGACUCCCGGCCUCAGCACGGACUCGGACUCCCGGCCUCAGCGCGGACUCGAUCUCCCAACCUCAGCACGGACUCAGACUCCCGGCCUCAGCACAGACUCAGACUCCCAGCCUCAGCGUGGACUCAGACUUCCAGCCUCGGCACAGACUCAGAAUCCCGGCCUCAGCGCAAACCCGGACUCCCAGCCUCAGCACGGACUCGGACUCCCGGCCUCAGCACGGACUCGGACUCCCGGCCUCAGCAUGGACUCGGACUCCCAGCCUCAGCACGGACUCAGACUCCCGGCCUCAGUGCGGACUCAGACUUCCAGCCUCAGUGCGGACUCAGACUUCCAGCCUCAGCACAGACUCAGAAUCCCGGCCUCAGCGCAAACCCGGACUCCCAGCCUCAGCACGGACUCGGACUCCCAGCCUCAGCACUGAUCGGAAUCCCAGCCUCAGCACGGACUCAGACUCCCGGCCUCAGCGCGGACUCAGACUCCCGGCCUCAGUGCGGACUCAGACUUCCAGCCUCAGCACAGACUCAGAAUCCCGGCCUCAGCGCAAACCCGGACUCCCAGCCUCAGCACGGACUCGGACUCCCAGCCUCAGCACUGAUCGGAAUCCCGGCCUCAGCGCGGACUCGGACUCCCAGCCUCAGAGCAGCCUCAGACUCCCUGCCUCAGUGCAGACUUGGUCUCCCAGCCUCAGCGCGGAUUCCAACUCCCAGCCUCAGUGUAGACUUGGACUCCCAGCCUCAACGCAGACUCAGACUCCCAGCCUCAGCGCAGACUUGGACUCCUGGCUCAGUGCAGACUCGAACUCUCAGCCACAAGAAGAAGGUGUGUCAUUCUGAGCCCUCAUUAUUCUAUUUUUCUGAUUUAUUACUGGUCUUUGUAUUUAUUUUCCUCAUGUUUUUCCUUAAGAAUUUGAACGUUGGUUCAUUGUUACCUAAG